AUGGCCUUUUCACCAUGUGUGGGCCCACAGGACAUCAAAGGCCAGUGUUGGACAGACGAGGAGUCGGACGGGGAGAACGAGUCAGAACAGUUCCUGUAUGGCAUUCAGGGGAGCUGCGCUGCUGACCUGUACCGCCACCCUCAACUGGAUGCAGAUAUCGAGGCAGUAAAGGACAUCUACACUGACAGUGCUGUCUCUGUUAGGGAAUAUGGAACCAUUGAUGAUGUGGACAUCGAUCUUCACAUUAACAUUGGUUUCUUAGAUGAGGAGGUUGCGACAGCUUGGAAAGUUAUCAGAACAGAGCCCAUUAUUCUGAGACUGCGCUUUUCUCUUUCUCAGUACCUCGAUGGACCUGAGCCAUCAGUCGAAGUGUUCCAGCCCUCCAAUAAAGAAGGCUUCAGCUUGGGCCUGCAGCUCAAAAAGAUCCUGAGCACAUUCACUUCACAGCAGUGGAAGCACCUCAGUAAUGAGUUCCUCAAGGCCCAGCAGGAGAAGAGGCACAGCUGGUUCAAAGCCGGAGGAACCAUCAAGAAGUUCCGCGCCGGGCUCAGCAUCUUCUCCCCCAUACCUAAGUCUCCGAGUUUCCCUCUGAUCCAAGACACCGUUUUAAAAGGCAAGCUGAGCGUCCCUGAGCUGAGAGUGACCCGCCUGAUGAACCGCUCUAUCUCAUGUACCAUGAAGAAUCCCAAAGGGGAGCUUUUCAGCUAUCCACCAAACAGCCAGACUGUGGCUGUCCCGGCGGCCAGGGCCCCUGCGCAGAUUACCACGAGGCAGCUGAUUGAAUUGUUUUUCUCAUCCCAGGCGGGCGGCCACUGCAAGAACAUCCCUACCUUGGAGUAUGGCUUCUUAGUGCAGAUAAUGAAGUACUCAGAGCAGAGGAUCCCCACGCUCAACGAGUACUGCGUGGUGUGUGACGAGCAGCACGUCUUUCAGAAUGGAUCCAUGCUGAAGCCGGCUGUGUGCACCAGGGAGCUGUGUGUCUUCUCCUUCUACACUCUGGGUGUAAUGUCCGGAGCUGCAGAGGAAGUGGCUACCGGAGCAGAGGUGGUGGACCUACUUGUGGCUAUGUGUAGAGCUGCUCUUGAGUCUCCCCGUAAGAGCAUCAUCUUUGAGCCCUACCCAUCAGUCGUUGACCCCAAUGACCCCAAAACUCUGGCCUUCAACCCAAAGAAGAAGAAUUAUGAGAGACUGCAGAAAGCGUUGGACAGCGUCAUGUCCAUUCGGGAAAUGACCCAGGGCUCAUAUCUAGAGAUCAAGAAACAGAUGGACAAGCUUGACCCUUUGGCCCAUCCUCUGCUACAAUGGAUUAUUUCCAGUAACAGGUCUCAUAUCGUCAAGCUGCCUCUGAGUAGGCAACUGAAAUUCAUGCACACCUCCCACCAGUUCCUGCUGCUCAGCAGCCCCCCAGCCAAGGAGGCUCGUUUUCGCACUGCCAAGAAGCUAUAUGGCAGCACCUUCGCCUUCCAUGGUUCCCAUAUAGAGAACUGGCACUCUGUUCUGAGAAAUGGACUAGUCAAUGCCUCUUAUACCAAACUGCAGCUGCAUGGGGCAGCGUAUGGAAAGGGCAUCUAUCUGAGCCCCAUCUCCAGCAUAUCUUUUGGAUACUCAGGAAUGGGGAAAGGACAGCACCGCAUGCCCACCAAAGAUGAAUUGGUGCAGCGUUACAACCGCAUGAACACCAUACCACAGAGCCGUCCAAUACAAUCAAGGUUUCUUCAGAGUCGAAAUCUGAACUGCAUCGCUCUGUGUGAAGUUAUCACAUCUAAGGAUCUGCAGAAACAUGGGUAACAUUUGGUGAUGUGUCCGGUAUCGGACAACGUCUGUACUCGCUUCUUUUUUGUGUAUGAGGAUGGCCAGGUCGGAGAUGCCAACAUCAACACCCAAGAGCCGAAGGUGCAGAAGGAGAUCAUGCGUGUGAUUGGGACCCAGAUCUACUCCAGCUAAUGGCGGUUUUCCAUACGUCUCUCUGGCGGAGGCACACAGGCAGGCAGACGGCGAAUGUUUGGGCGAGCUGACCUCAGGCCUGAUACGGAAGGCUGCGGGAGCUCUUGAGCACAUUAUUUCUAAAGUUGGUUUG